GUGUCACCCUUAUGCUGCUGUCCAUCAAACUUCAAGCACUUUCCCUUUACCUUGUAGAGGAAGAUGGCGAGAGUCACAGUUUGGAUUUAUGCUUCAGCAGUGUUCCUGACCACGAUAUUCGCUGAUCAGAAUGUGAGUCCCAUGGCAGGAGUCUUUUUUAUACAUGUACUAGAGAGGGACUACUUUCAAGCAGGGUUUCGUUCAUUCCAAGAAGCAAGUGGUAUCAUCACCAGUAUCCCCAUCACUUUCAACACCAACCUCCAUGACCACCCUGACCGCCCUCGCUGGCUUCGUUUUAUACAGCGGACUGAAUACCAUGAUGGAAUUCUUUAUGGAACGCCAACCAUGAAAGAUGUCGGAGAGAAAAUAAUUGAAGUUACUGCUGUUAAUAGGAAGACAUUUGAGACAUCAAGGCAAAACGUCAUCAUUAAUGUUGGAGAACCAGGAGGGUUGAAAUUGCCAUACCAUGUUGAGUUCUACGUGGAAAACAGAAAUGUGGAGGAAGUAUUGCCCUUGGAAAUGCAACAAUAUUUCCAGGACAGAGCGGCGAGCAUAUGGGGAUCAAACCGUUUGACCAUGAUCAACAUCACUUCAGCGCUGGACAGAGGAGGCCGGGUUCCAUUGCCCAUUGAAGGAAGGAAAGAGGGUGUGUAUGUAAAGGUUGGUUCCAACAUGCCCUUCCCUUCUUGCCUGGAGGAGGAAGUACUUGGAGGAGAACAAUGCAGUGACCAAUUCGAACCCAGCAACUGUGAAGACACAUUUAGUCCUCAGUUCAUUAUUGAUUGGUGCAAUAUCUUAUUGAUCGAUAAAUCCAAACCAGAUUCCCCAGAGGUCGAGGUGGUUCCUGGGGACGGCAUCCUUACAGAUAGUGGAGAAUACGAUCCUCCCCCGGAUUUCCUUGAAGCCAGAGACUACUAUUUGGACUAUGUGGUCACAAUAACAGUCCCUUUAGUAAUUGGUCUAUUUCUGUGCCUCAUCCUUGCUUACAUAAUGUGCUGCCGUCGAGAGGGAGUGGAAAAACGAGAUGCAAAGACUUCAGAUAUUCAACUUGUCCAUCACCAGUCGAUUCAGGAUGAUACCAAUGAACUCAGGAACUUGGCUAAAAGCAGGGAUGGCUUGCGACCUCUAUCCACUCUCCCCAUGUUUAAUGCCAGGACUGGGGAAAGGGUCCCCCCACGAAUCCCUUUUAAUUCUGACACAUCCCGAAUUCCUCUUAUCAUGGACCAGCAGGAACAACACAGUGAUCCUUAUCCCAGAAUCCAGCCAAAGGCUCAACAGCAAAAAGUUAUUGGCAAAUGAAGUCUUAAAGCAAAGUUGCUGACUGGAUAUUAAUCAAGGCAACACUCGUUACGAAAAACAAUCAUAGUUUUAGACAAAGUCAAGAUGGAAAUAAAUGUAAACCUUA